AUGAAGUCAAGUGGAACGCUGCAGUCGUUGUGUGGAAUGUAUAAGGGACUCCUGAGAUGGUUCAACGAACCGCGUGGGGUGCAGGCUCCCUCAGCCGCCCGCACGGCGCCGCCCGAGCCCGGACGUCCGCGGAGCCGGAGCGCUUCGGGCCGGGUCACCUCCAGCCCCGCCGCUCCCGGCCCGGGCCUCGGAGAAGGAGGGCGGCGAGAACGAAGCCCCUCCCCCGCCCCCUCCCCCGCAUCUUCAGGGCCCCCGUCGGAGCCCCGGUGCCCCAGAGUGACCGCUUUUCAACCGCCCGUCCGCCGGGACCGCGUCCCGCCUCCCACUCCAGGCUUCCGCUCUCAGGAAGGGGGCGCCGCUCGGCAAGCGCCAGGCAGAGGUUUCUCAUUGGUCAGUACCAUGGAGGUUGACAGUCUGAUAGCCCCCUACACGUCAAAGCAUAUCUACUCAUCCGUGUGCUGUUGUCAAUCCGAGGUUUCCAAAUAUGUGUUCUCCAACUCAAAGAAAAGUAGCUGGAUCCAGGCAUCUCCCGAGAAAGCUGCUUCAGCAUUUUUCUUGGUUUUUGUUUUUGGAAUACCUCUUUCUACAGGAGUCUCCAGACUCUAAAGUAAUAGAAUAGUUCCUAAGUCCAUCCAGCUCUUUCCCGUGUCUGAAUUCUUGAUUCUCUUUCCCACCCCCGGGCUCACAGAUAAAAAAGAAACAACAGUAAAGGAAUAAAAAUUGUU